AGGGAAAACUAGGGUGAUUAUUAUAUGCCAACAGGGAAAUUGCUUCGCCGAUAUCUGGCAAUACUGAGCUAUACCAAAUCCCACAGAACAUAUAGCAAAUCCAUAGAAGAAGUAGAAGAUGCAAAGGAGCGUGUGUUAGUUAACCUAUAAUAAUUCAAAAUACUUAUUUAUUUUUGCAAUGGAUGGUGUAGACUUAUUUAAUGUGUUUCUUACAACACAUAAAAUACAACUUCAAUCUUAUGGUAUCCCACAUUUAUUUUGGAAAGUUUUAUAUAAGAAAUUAACAAAUCAGAUUUAUGAUGCUGGUCUUGUCUUCCAAUUGAUAAAAGUAGAAUACGAAAAUGGAGAAAGACAUGUUACAGAACCAAUAUGGAAAUUAAUUGUAUCUGCAGAGAAUGGUAUUUCUGUUCAAGAUUCUAAUAAUAUUUAUCUUAUUGAUCAUGCAUGGACAUAUGAUAUCAGUAGUGUUCAACAGAAUUUAGUUCAAGUUCCUGGCUUACUUGAUCGAAUGUGCAUUCUCAUGGGAGUAAAUACAGAGCUGGAUGAGCAGAAAAAAGUCGAGGAUGUUACAAAUGAAAUGUGGCGUUACAAUCAAUCGUAUUCGGUGAACUAUGGAGAGAUAGAAGAUAGAAUGCCAAUAUGGUACAUUAUGGACGAGGUUGGUUCAGCAAUAAAUCACAAUGAUGAUCCAAAUUUUAGAGCAGUCCCUUUUUUAUAUUUGCCGGAAGGUGUAAUUUAUACGCUUCUAUUUCCUACAAAAGAUGUUACUACAGGCGAUGAAGUCACGAGAGAUUUUGUGGAAGGUCAAACGAAGGAUCCAAAAAAAAAACGCGCAUUAUUAUUGCCUUGGGUCCAUAAUACUUUUGAAGAUGAAAAUUUUGAACAGAAUGAACCAGAUGCAGAUUAUUUUUUAGCAGGUCAUGUUCCUGAAAGCUUGCCGGAGAACUUGGAUUUAAUUAAGGCAGAUAACAGCAGAAAAUUAAAGGUUUUUUCACAAUACAGUUAUGUGAAUAAUUACUUGACAGAUUCAGCAUUUGAAAUUACUGACAACGAAGAAGAGGCAGACAUAUUAUGGUUUGUAUCUCACUACAAGACGUACAACGAAUUAAAUGUUUCUUCGCCUCACGUUUUUGUAAAUCAAUUUCCGUAUGAGAAUAUUCUGACGACAAAAGAUCUUUUAUCGAUUGUAUGCAGAAGAAAGGCAAUGGACAAAUUGUAUGACUCGGAUACUCUUGAAACUUAUCCAGUAUGGUUACCGACGACAUAUAAUUUGAGCACGGAAUUGGUACAAUUUAUUGCUUAUUUCAUGCAACGAGCAAAUAAGGAUUUGGAUAAUCAUUGGAUUUGCAAACCGUGGAACUUGGCAAGAGGUUUAGAUACUCAUAUCACGAAUAAUCUUUAUUAUAUUCUACGGCUGCCUUGCACAGGCCCAAAAAUUGUGCAGAAGUACAUCGAACGGCCAGUUUUAUAUAAUAGAUCAGAUAUUAAUCAAGUAAAAUUCGACGUGAGAUACGUUGUAUUGCUUAAAUCUGUAAAGCCGCUACGUGCGUAUGCUUAUGCAAACUUCUUCCUGCGUUUUGCGAAUCAAUCGUUCGCACUGAACAAUUUUAAUGCUUAUGAGCAACAUUUUACCGUGAUGAAUUAUACCGAGGAGAAUUCACUAUUCCAUGAGAAAUGUGCCGAUUUCAUCGUAGAAUGGGAAAAUCAGUAUCCCAAUUAUCCCUGGAAAACUUAUGUCGAGCCAAAGAUUCUUUCUGUUUUAAGACAGACCUUUGAAGCUGCAGUCGCGCAGCCGCCUCCAAAAGGAAUAGCCGAAAGUCCGCAAAGCAGAGCCGUAUAUGCUGCCGAUAUGAUGUUGGAAUGGAGAGACUGCGAAAUGCAACCCAAGCUGUUGGAAAUAAAUUUUACUCCCGAUUGUCAGCGUGCGUGCGAAUAUUAUCCAGACUUCUACAAUGACAUUUUUAAAUGUUUGUUCCUAGAUAUCGACAAUCCAGAAGUUUUUCAUGCAUUAGAUUCAACCGGCUAG